CGCCAGGAGGAGCAGGAAGAGAGAGAGAGAGAGACCCGCUACGGCGAGCGGAGGCGGCCCGGAACGGGGACGCCGGUGCGGAGGCCCAUUUUAGCGCGCCUUGAACGAGUUUAUGAGACAUCUUUAAAAAGUUCUUGCAUUGAGAGAGCCAUUGAUAAGGAGACACAAUGACGGCUGCAGAGAAUGUAUGCUAUACUUUAAUAAUAGUUCCAAUGGACUCGGAACCACCAUCUGAAAUAAGUUUAAAGAAUGACUUGGAAAAAGGAGAUGUGAAGUCAAAGACUGAGGCCUUGAAGAAAGUAAUCAUAAUGAUCUUAAAUGGUGAAAAGCUGCCAGGACUUCUGAUGACUAUUAUUCGGUUUGUGCUUCCGCUUCAGGACCAUACCAUCAAAAAACUGCUUUUAGUAUUUUGGGAGAUUGUUCCCAAGACUACUCCAGAUGGUAGACUGCUGCAAGAAAUGAUCCUUGUUUGUGAUGCCUACAGAAAGGAUCUUCAACAUCCGAAUGAAUUCAUCAGAGGCUCCACUCUUCGUUUUCUUUGCAAGCUUAAAGAAGCAGAACUACUGGAACCGUUGAUGCCAGCUAUCCGUGCAUGUCUGGAACAUCGCCAUAGCUAUGUGCGCAGAAACGCAGUCCUUGCGAUCUACACUAUUUACAGAAACUUUGAGCAUCUUAUACCCGAUGCCCCUGAACUAAUUCAUGAUUUUCUGGUGAACGAGAAAGAUGCAAGUUGCAAAAGAAAUGCAUUCAUGAUGCUGAUCCAUGCUGACCAGGAACGAGCUUUGGAUUAUUUAAGUACCUGCAUCGACCAAGUCCAGACGUUUGGUGAUAUUCUCCAGCUGGUUAUUGUGGAGUUAAUCUAUAAGGUUUGUCAUGCUAAUCCAUCAGAGAGAGCCAGAUUUAUUCGUUGUAUCUACAACUUACUGCAGUCAUCGAGCCCUGCAGUAAAAUAUGAAGCCGCAGGAACAUUAGUUACGCUUUCCAGUGCACCAACUGCAAUCAAGGCAGCAGCUCAGUGCUAUAUUGACCUGAUUAUUAAAGAAAGUGACAACAAUGUGAAGCUCAUUGUCUUAGAUCGCUUGAUUGAACUCAAGGAUCAUCCGUCCCAUGAAAGAGUACUGCAAGAUCUGGUGAUGGACAUACUAAGAGUUCUGAGUACCCCAGAUUUGGAAGUGCGCAAGAAGACCUUACAGUUGGCGCUUGAUCUUGUAUCUUCCAGAAAUGUAGAAGAGCUGGUGAUCGUUUUGAAGAAAGAAGUAAUUAAAACAAAUAAUGUGACAGAGCAUGAAGACACUGAUAAAUACAGACAGUUGCUUGUUCGUACAUUGCACUCUUGUAGCGUUCGGUUCCCUGAUAUGGCUGCAAAUGUCAUUCCUGUGCUGAUGGAGUUCCUUAGUGAUUACAAUGAAGCUGCAGCUGCUGAUGUGUUGGAGUUUGUGCGUGAAGCGAUCCAGCGUUUUGAUAAUCUCAGACUACUUAUUGUAGAAAAGAUGUUGGAAGUGUUCCAUGCUAUUAAAUCUGUCAAAAUUUAUCGGGGAGCACUGUGGAUCCUUGGAGAAUACUGCAGCACAAAGGAAGAUAUACAAAGUGUAAUGACAGAGGUCCGUAGAUCAUUGGGAGAGAUCCCAAUAGUAGAAUCUGAAAUCAAGAAAGAAGCUGGUGAGCUGAAACCAGAGGAGGAAAUCACUGUGGGCCCUGCCCAAAAACUGGUUACUGAAAUGGGAACAUAUGCUACACAGAGUGCCCUUAGUAGUUCCAGACCUGCCAAAAAGGAAGAAGACAGACCUCCGCUGAGAGGGUUCUUGCUGGAUGGGGAUUUCUUUGUUGCAGCUUCCCUGGCCACAACUCUGACCAAGAUUGCUUUACGUUACGUGGCUCUGGUUCAAGAAAAGAAGAAACAAAAUUCUUUCGUAGCUGAGGCAAUGUUACUGAUGGCCACUAUUCUCCAUUUGGGGAAGUCAUCUCUUCCCAAGAAGCCAAUUACAGAUGAUGAUGUGGACCGGAUUUCUCUCUGCCUGAAGGUGCUGUCAGAAUGUUCCCCACUAAUGAACGAUAUUUUCAACAAGGAGUGUAGGCAGUCCCUUUCUCAUAUGUUAUCUGCUAAACUGGAAGAAGAGAAGCUCUCUCAGAAGAAAGAGUCUGAGAAGAGAAAUGUGAUCGUUCAGCCAGAUGAUCCCAUUUCUUUUAUGCAGCUUACUGCUAAAAAUGAAAUUAACUCAAAGGAAGAUCAGUUUCAGCUCAGUCUUUUAGCAGCUAUGGGGAACACACAAAGAAAAGAAGCUGCUGAUCCACUGGCAUCCAAGCUCAACAAGGUGACUCAGUUGACAGGCUUCUCAGAUCCAGUCUAUGCAGAAGCUUAUGUUCAUGUCAACCAAUAUGAUAUUGUAUUGGAUGUGCUUGUGGUAAACCAGACCAGCGAUACUUUGCAGAAUUGCACCCUAGAAUUAGCUACGUUGGGUGAUUUGAAGCUUGUGGAAAAACCAUCUCCUUUGACACUUGCUCCACAUGAUUUUGCCAAUAUUAAGGCUAAUGUGAAAGUAGCUUCCACAGAGAAUGGAAUAAUUUUUGGGAACAUUGUGUAUGAUGUUUCUGGAGCAGCCAGUGACAGAAACUGUGUUGUCCUCAGUGACAUACACAUUGACAUCAUGGAUUACAUCCAGCCUGCUACUUGUACUGAUGCUGAAUUCCGUCAGAUGUGGGCAGAAUUUGAAUGGGAAAACAAAGUUACAGUGAAUACAAAUAUAGUAGAUCUGAAUGAAUACUUACAACAUAUAUUAAAGUCAACUAAUAUGAAAUGCCUUACUCCAGAAAAGGCACUUUCUGGGUAUUGUGGCUUCAUGGCUGCCAAUCUGUAUGCACGGUCCAUAUUUGGAGAAGAUGCACUUGCAAAUGUCAGCAUUGAAAAGCCAAUUCACCUUGGACCUGAUGCUCCAGUCACAGGACACAUAAGAAUUCGUGCAAAAAGUCAGGGCAUGGCUCUAAGUCUUGGUGACAAAAUUAAUCUCUCUCAGAAGAAAACUAAUUUAUAAACUUAACGAUUCUUCUGAUCAUUUACAGUUAAAUGCUUGGAAUUUUGCUUGUUGGAUUCAGAACAUCUUGUAUUAUUCUGUUCUUUGGUUGUAGAAGCUAAUCUUCUUGUGCUGAAUGCAUUCCAGCAAAUAAUUGGUAGGUUUUACUUAUCACUCCAAGAUCAAGGUUGAUAAAAUUUUAAAUCUACAUUUUUUUUCAAUGUCCUUAGAAGUCAUAUUGUCUAGUCUCCUAUAUGUACUAUUUCAAAAUAAAUAAAUAAACAAAUU